AUGGCCUCAUAUUUUCUUUUUUCUCUCCUUCCUUUUUCUUCUUUUUGGCUUUUUAUCGUUUUUUGCAAUGACUCCAGUGGUCAAACAUUAUCCACUUGGAACAUGAUCAACACAAACGAAGAAAAACUUAUUAUUUACCAGUUUCUAAAAUACGAAGCAACAAAAUCAAUAGCCGAAGAAAUGAUAUCUCAGACCUCAACGUUGAACAGUUACAACGUGUACAACACAAUAAUGGCAUCUAUCAAAACUCACGAACUGACUUACGCGCACCUCUUAACCCGCUUUUACCCAGAAUUAACAAAUGCAUGCUUACCAAUUAGAUAUUUAAGAGCAGACAAAAUUUGGCCGAUUAAUCCGUUAUAUAUGAGCCAUUUUUUGGCAGCUCAAAAAUAUCAGCCAAUAAAAAAGUAUACAAAAUCGAGUCAAGAUCAAGAUAGAAAUGAUCUUCAAAUAACGAAAAAUGAAUACAAAAGGCAUGGAUUGGAAAAUGUUGAUAUCCAAAACUGCGAUGAAAAUCAGUCGGCUACAAAUCUAACGUUGAAUAUAAAUUCUCAGAAUAGAAACAUUGGCGAGGAUGCUACCCACCAAUACGAGUCGUUUGCCAGCUCAUCAGAUUUAUCAGAACAGAAGCAUGACAGCGUGACGUAUGAAAAAACGGACAAGACAUUAUCUUCAGGAAAAAAAAAGUCCAGCACCGAAGGAUCUUCAUCAGAUUCUAAUUUUGGUAUAAGAGAAGAUACAAAAUAUAAACCUAAAAAAUCUGGCCAGGGCGGGUUCGUUCGCCGACCGUGGCAGUCCUCCCUAGGAUACGGUGGAGUUCUAAUGUCAUCUAAUGGUAAAAAACGAGUAUUGUGUUCGGCCUGUAAUAAAACAUUUUGCGAUAAAGGAGCGUUGAAAAUUCAUUAUAGUGCAGUGCACUUGAAAGAAAUGCAUCGCUGCACUAUAGAGGGAUGCAACAUGUUGUUUAGCUCUAGACGCAGCAGAAAUAGACACAGUGCAAAUCCUAACACCAAACUGCACAUGGAUAACAAAAGAAGAAAUCAAACAAACUUAUCAACAAUUUACCCUAACUUGGCUACAAACACCUGGCAUGACAGAUCGUCCGGUGGAAAAGCGUCAUCUAACGAUAUUACCAAUGAAGCCUACGAUAGCGAGCUGGCUGUAAGCGGCGAAGAAACGAGAAAAUUAAUAACAAAUGUUUCUUUUCAAAGAUAUUUUAACAAUUUACCUAAACAAAGUGUUGGAAGCACUGAAUUAAUGAAUGCAGGAUGCUCAACUAGCACUCUAUUCUCUUUCGGAAGAAACGGAAUCAGAUCUGAUAUGGUGACACCAUCAAGAUCGCCUUCUCAAUCACCACCGCGAAUUCCAAUUGUUAAAUGCCAUACGAAAUUCAGCACGGAGGAGAAGACCAAAUCAGAAAACAAAUGCUUUUCAUACUAUGCUAUUUCAUGCUUGCUAAACCAGAAGAAACACGAAACGAACAAAAACCAGGAUGUGCAGCCAAAUAAAAAACUAAAUGAAUUACGUCAUGAUUUUAACAAAAUCAGAAACCCAGAGACCGCUGAAAGGAUUUGGCAACACAACACAAAACUAUUACAACCUGAACAGUUUGGAAUGACUGUUAACGUGGAUUCAAAUUUGGAUUCGAACAUGACAAACGAAUCUUUUGUUUGUCAGAUAUCGGGAUGCAACGCAUCAUUCCCAUCAAAACGAAGUAGAGACAGGCACAGUUCCAACAUACUUCUUCAUAGAAAAUUGCUUUCAACAACAACUGAAACAUUUACCAGGGAAAUGGUUUCAGCGAAAUGGAACAAUCCUUACAUGCCAGAAGACGAGACAAUAAACGCCAAGCAAUCUAAAUUGAAACCUGAUUUCACUGUAAAUUGUUCCGGCGACGACAGCUAUCAUCAAAAUCAAAUAAAAAUAGAUGUAAAAGAUGAUGAAGGCCGUCAACCGAAUUCCAACAAAAGUUUAUAA